AUGUUGUUCAACUCAAUUUUCGCUGUAGCAUGCAGUCUCGCAGUACCUGCUGCAGCUCAGCUUGCCACUGGUUACCAAUUGGGGCCUCCGACAUCUUCAUCUGCCAAGUGGGCUGUCAAGGUCUGCGAUGUUACUGAUUAUGGAGCAGUGGCAGAUGGUGUUACUGACAUUGGACCCCCACUACUAGCGGCCUUCACUGCCUGCAAAUCGGGUGGCAUUGUAAAUAUUCCUCUUGGAACAUUCGCAAUGGCCACAUGGGUCACUCUGGACGAUGGUGUUGCGUGGGGUAUCAAUUUUGAGGGUACAAUUGUCAGGACUGGCACUGCCGGCGGCCAUAUGAUCGUCAUCGAAAACUCUAGCGACUUCGAACUUUACAGUAGCAGAUCAAGUGGUGCUAUACAAGGCUACGGAUACGAGUUUCACUCGCAAGGAGAAUACGGACCUCGUCUUAUCAGACUCAUUAAUGUUGAAUACUUCUCUGUCCAUGAUAUCGCCCUUGUUGACUCUCCCGCUUUCCAUCUUAUCCUCGAUACCUGCACUGGAGGAGAAGUAUACAAUAUGAUCAUUCGAGGAGGCAAUGAGGGUGGACUGGAUGGCAUCGACGUUUGGGGCUUCAACAUCUAUAUACAUGACGUUGAGGUUACAAACAAAGAUGAGUGCGUUACUGUGAAGAAUCCCAGCAACCACAUUCUGAUCGAGAACAUUUACUGCAACUGGUCCGGCGGUUCCGCGAUCGGCUCUCUCGGCCUGGACACCGACAUCUCCAAGAUUACAUACAACAACAUCUACACCUGGUCCUCGAACCAGAUGAUGAUGCUCAAAUCAAAUGGCGGCAACGGAACGGUAUCGGAUUGCGUCUUCUCAAACUUCAUUGGACACUCGAACGCCUACUCGCUGUACAUCGACGCAUACUGGACUUCAGAAACUCUACAAGCUGGGGACGGAGUGCUCUAUACCGAUCUCACCUUCAGCAAUUGGAAGGGAACAUGUGCAGAUGGAGCUGUUCGAGCACCAAUCAUGGCCAUCUGCCCCACCGGUCAGCCCUGUGACGGAAUCACCAUCGAAGACUUCGCGAUGUGGACAGACACUGGGAGCUCCGAGUACUACAAAUGUGAGAAUGCUUGGGGUAGCGGAGGAUGCCUUGUUGGAGGUAGCGCACAUACGGCAUAUGCUAUUACGACGCAGACGAUUACUGCUGCUCCGAGUGGAUACUCUGCUGCAAAGAUGCCGAAUGAUCUGGCUAGUGGGUUUGCUAUCACGGCUAGUAUUCCUAUUCCGACCGUGCCGACUACGUUCUUUCCGGGUGUGACACCUGCUACUGCGAGGGCGUAUCCAUAG